UACGUACGGGCGUACAAAGCACGUCUCCAGACCGUAGGGGCUUUCGAGCCGAAACUUUCAUGAUGUGUGGUGGAUUCCGCCGCUUUUCUUUGCUGAAGUCGAACGAUACCGAAACGAGAGUCUGCCGAGAGAGCAGUGAUCUCUAGUGUCAUACAAUCGUUUCUCUCUUGUUUGAAGCGUGUGCGCGGAAUCAUGGUCCGGUGCAGCAUCGCGCGUCUCUGUGAAAAGCAAAUCGCCCGGGCGGCACCCCUCGUUCUUCCGCGAAGACGGUUCCUCGAUAGGGUUCACCUGACCGUAUGUGGCGGUGUCGGAGGAUCGGGAUAUCCGAAGAUCAUGGGUGUUGGCGGGCGAGGUGGGAACGUUUAUAUCGAAACGAAUCCGAAGGCGACCCUCCUGAAGAUUUUGAGGUCGUUCCCCGAUCACAAGGUGAGGGGCGGUUCCGGCGGCAACAGUGCCCAUCAUCAGCUUCUUGGGCAAAACGGGACGGAUACAACGAUUGAGGUCCCCCUCGGUGUCACGGUAAUGGGUCCGCGGAAAGAAGUGAUAGCCGACCUCAUCAAGCCAAAUCAAAAAAUCUUGAUUGCCGAAGGAGGGGAGGGUGGAACUAGCAAGAACAAAUAUCGGGGACUUCGAGGCAGCCAGAUACAGAUAGACCUGGUACUGAAACUGAUCGCGGACAUCGGUUUCGUCGGUUUCCCGAACGCGGGAAAAUCCACUCUCCUGAGGGCUCUAUCUAGGGCUCAGCCAAAAGUUGCCAACUAUCCAUUCACUACGAUACGGCCGAAUAUCGGAAUCAUGGAAUACGCUGACGCCCGACAAAUAUCCUGCGCCGAUUUGCCCGGACUGAUCGAGGGCGCCCAUAGGAAUGUUGGUCUUGGUCACAAUUUCCUGCGACACGUCGAGAGAACGUCGUUGCUUCUCUUCGUGGUCGACAUUGGAGGCUUUCGUUUGGGUCCUGCCAGCCCCGAACGCGAUGUGUUUGAAACUAUCAUGAGCUUGAAUAAGGAGUUGGAGCUCUAUCGCGAGGAUCUUCUGACGAAGCCGGCCGUCCUUGUCGUGAACAAAAUGGAUACUGAAGGAGCGGAUCAAAAACUGAAAGAUCUACGCUACAAACUGACCAGCGAUGGAGCUUACGAAGACUUACCAGCAGAAGUCAGACCGAUGCAGCGGAUUAAAUUCAGGGAUUUGGUUGGAAUAUCCGCAGCCAAAAGGGAAAAUACUGAGCAACUCAAAGAAGAUCUGAGGAAGCACCUGGAGGAAUCGUUCGAAGGGAACGAGGGAACAGGGAAAAAAGAUACAGAAUCGACCCGACCGCUGAAGCUGGAACGUCAAUCGAUGUGAAGACCCAAUUUGGUCAUACCUGUACAUAUAUUGAAGAGAAUAUAUAUUCA